CAUGUGUUCCUCUCUCUCCUAGCUGCCAGUGCCCAUUCGGCUGGAAGGGAGCACUCUGCUCUGAGACCGUGUCUGUGUGCGACACUGAACACCGCCCCCCUCCAUUGUGUGCCCGUGGUUCCACCUGCGUACCCCUUCCAGACGGAUACACCUGCCUCUGCCCCUUGGGUACCGGCGGACUGCACUGUCAGCAAGCCAUGGCCAUCAGUGACCCGUUCUUCAGCGGUAACCAGUCAUCCUGGAUGUCUUUCCCUCCAGUCAGCAUCAGACACAGGACAGACCUCAGGCUGCAGUUCCAGACUCUGUCACCAGAGGGCAUCCUCUUCUACACAGCACAGCACCUCAGUGCCCGGGCCGGAGACUUCUUCUGUGUGUCCCUGACAUCAGGGUUGGUCCAACUGCGUUACAACCUGGGUUCUGGAACCAACGUGUUACAGUCCACUAACAGAGUGGACAUCAGCGGAGGGACCUGGCACACGGUGAGGACAGGCAGGACGGGCCACCAGGGGUUCCUGGUUCUGGACGGGCUGGAGGUGAAGCAGAACGACACCGAGGGAGGGAUGUCCACUCUGGACGUGGCCACGGACCUCUUCGUCGGCGGGGUCUCCGACCUGAGCUCCAUCUCUACGUUCUCCGUGGAGAACGAGCCUGUGGGUUUUACCGGAGGCGUGAGAGAGCUCGUCUUAAACGGACACGACUUUGACCUGACGGAGACAGGGGCCCUGGGAGGGGCCAACGUGGGCGACUGGGACGGGACGGCGUGCGGGUACAAGGUGUGCCAGAACGGCGGCCUCUGUACUGCGUUGAGCGGCGCCGAUUCUGACUCGUUUAUGUGCACCUGCCCUCCUCGGUGGACGGGUCCUGUGUGUAACCAGUCGGUGUAUUGUGUCAAUAACCUGUGUCAACAUGAGUCAUUGUGUUUCUCUGAUCUUGUGACUGGCUCAUACGACUGUUUCUGUCCUCUCGGGUGGGAGGGGAGGUACUGCGAUAAGCAGGUAGGCCUAUCCAUGACCACUCUGAAGUUCGUUGGGAAAUCAUAUCUGAAAUACAGGGAUCCUAAAUUCAACACAAGAAAUCUGAGGUACACGCAGGUUGCGUUUAACUUUACAGCAAGCGGGAACGAAGGGUUGAUUCUGUGGAUGGGAAGAGCGGAGCACGAUGACGACGACUACCUUGCUGUCGGGCUUCAGGAGGGGCACCUCAAAAUCGCAGUCAACCUCGGAGAGAGGCUCUCCCUCCCGCUCACCUUCAGAAACGUCACGUUGUGUUGCAACAAAUGGCAUUACUUAUCUCUCUCUCUGAACAGUACCCUUAUUCAGGUGUUCCUGGGUGACCAGAGGGUCCUUUUCGAAGACGUGGACCCCUUCGAGCGUUACGUUGCCAUGAAUUACGGGGGUCUGUUGUACUUGGGAGGGUUCGAGUUGCACAGGAACAUCUCAACAGUGACGUCUGGGCUGUUUACCAAAGGGUUUGUGGGAGAUCUUAAAGAUGUGCGUUUGUAUCAGGACCCCAGACAACUACAGUUCCUGCAAAACAGCAAAGGAUUUAAUGUUCACAAAAGUAAUGAGUAGUUCUGUAACUUGUGAAAAUAGGUGAUUAAUGUGUUGUGAUA